AUGGAGUUGAGGCUAAACGGAGUGGUUGUGAAAGUGGAAUCGGCUGAGACGGCGGGAGAGAUGAGGGAGAUAAGCGCAGGCGUGACGAAGCGAGCGGAGGAGUUGGAAGCGCAGGUGAAGAGGCAAGGCGAGGCCAUGGCAGCUCUGAAGCGAGAGGUGGACGAAAUGAGGCGCGCGAUGGCGAAGGGGGCGCUGGAGAUGAUGGGAGCGGCGGAGAACCACGGCGCUGGCACUGCCGCGGCAGGAAAGGCAGGAGAUGACGUGGACGGCCUUCCAGCGCAGCCGCCGCCGAAGGGCGAGGCGCGUAUGGCCCUGGUGGAGGCCAUGAUCGCGGCUCGGGUGAAGGACGAGGUUGAAUCGCAAGUGAAGGGGUUGAAGGAGCAGUUGGAGGCCGUGAAAGGCGAGGCGAGGGACGCGGCGAGCGAGGUGAGGGCGCUGGUCACGCGGCAGGCGGCGGAGAUAGCGGGCGUGCGGGCGACAGCUGCGCACAUUGACGCGCGGAUGAACGACGUGGAGCUGGCGAUGGCGGAGUGGAAGUCGCGCAGGGAGCACAGCGACGGCAGCGCGGGGCAGCAUGCAGAGGCGGAGGGACGCGAGGGGAAAAAGAGGAAGAGGGAGGUCAAAGGGGAUGAGCUGACGGAAUUUGGUGGUGCUGCAGUAGUUGCUGCAGAAGUUGCUGCGGGCGAUGAUGCAGCUUCUGAUAAAGAGCAGGAUGAAGCGGUCGACUCAAAAUGGGAGAUUGAAUGUCAGGAGUUGAAGAAAACGGUGGAGGCAGUGGUGAGCCGAGUGGCGAAGCUGGAGAAGACGAGUGGCGAAGGAAAGAGGAUAUGGGAAGCGAUGCUCACGCUGUGGGCGGCAGCACUACCAGAGGAAACUCAAAUCAACCUCAGCGGCAUCUCCUGCCUCACCGACGCUGCUCUCUCCUGCCUCGCCUCAUUGGCCUACCUCACAUCCGUCAACCUUAGAGCCUCCGCGGGCUUCACAGCAGAAGGGAUGAGGAAGCUGUGCUCCCUCACAGAGCUGAGCCAUCUGGUAUUUGGGGCCAUCGAUGCUACCGACGCUUCUCUGGAAGGAAUUGCCCAGCUGAAGAACCUGCACGCUCUGGUGCUUGACCUGACCAAUGUCACAGAUGUGGGGGUAGCUAGGCUGCAAGAGCUGACUGGCCUCACGAAACUGCUUGAAGCACCUGAGCAAUAUGAAACGCCUGGAGAAGCUGGGCCUGUGGAAUGCUAA